AUGCCUUACAACUCGUAUCUACAAAUCUCAGAAGAGAAGUACAACCUACUAUGCAACAGGUUCGAAGAGUAUAUGGCUCAUAUCGAUGACCAGAACGUCGUACCGAUUAACAUUUUUGAUCCAUUGUCCCCGAAAAUAAAUGAAGAGCUGCAGCUUAUAAGGGAAGUCAGCAAAAAUCUGCAGAAAAAGAAGGAAGAUGACAUGAAAAAGGCAGCGGAGGCAGCAGCAGAAGCUGAGAAAGAGGCUAAGGAAAACAAAAUCACUGAAACAGAUGACUCGGAAAAACCUCAAGAUAAUGAUUUAAACGAUGAGAAGAAGCAAGAAUAA